UCCUCCUUUCAUAUUGGAGAGAAGUGUUUGAAUGUUUGUUUAUAAAUCAGAUAAUUAAUACGUACCUGAAUUUCUGUGUAAUAUUUUUAUAUUUAAUCCUAAUUUUGUGAUUUGAAAUACUCUCUCUCAAAAUGUCGCGUAUUACCACCUUGCUACUAUUUAUUUGUCUCAACGCGGGAUUAUCGCAUGGAAUUGACUGUUCAAUUGGACACAAGAAUAUAAUAUCGAAAUUUCUCGAUUCGUGCCCAGGAUUGCUAGAUAACCAGGACAAAUCUUAUUGUUGUUUGGAUUUCGAAACAAAUGAAAUGUAUUGUUGUAACCGCAUGGAAUUCGCUCUGAAAUCAACAGGGGCUCUUCUCGCAGUGAUUAUUGUCAUUGGUGUUGUGUUCUCGCUGAUACUAUUUUGCGUAUCAUGUUUGUACUGCAGUUGCUGUCCAUGGUAUCGCAGACGUCAUCGAGGAACGGUUUAUGGAAGGCCACCCAUGGUCUGAAUCCAUUUCUUCACAUCUUCCAAUCUCCU